AUGUCGCUGACACUCCCUAGGGGUCCAUGGGAAGGCAGUCCGAUGCUGCAGCAGGUCGCAAGGGUCGCGUUGCACUGGCCUGUAAACGAUGCAAGAGACGUAAACAACGGUGCGAUGGCUCACAUCCAACAUAGAACAAUCCGACCGCAAUACCCAGGAGGCAAGACCUUAUACAUCAAUGCCCUCGAAGAACGUAUCGCAUUCCUCGAGGCCCGACUACCAGAUUAUGCGCAAGAUCAUUUUGAGACCCUCGCGCCGUCUUCUGUUGUUGAUGGCCAAGACAAUGACGCUGUCAACACACAGGCUUAUCCUGAAUCCUCAUCAUCUCACCGUGGGUCUGUAUCUGAAGAUCUCGAUGGCUAUGAGCGCAACUCUAUCAUUGAUGGCGUCGCCUACCUCUCACUCUGCGCCUCUGGUACAGCUGAAGCAACUCCAGAUCCAUCAUACCUUGGUUCAAGUUCAGGUGCUGCUAUCGCUCGAAUGAUACAGCGCUCCAUCUUUCAUAACUCUAGAAAUGACAUUACUCGUCCGAGCAAUUUUCCAAGACAAUCAAAUCCUUCCGUUGAUCCAUACAUCGAGAGUCUAGCUCCAACCCUUCACCUCCAUCCGGAUGAACCAUCUCACGGCUUUCCUUUCCCGGACGAAGCUCGCCAUCUCUUCGACAUAUUUUUUGACCGAAUGCACACCCGGUGGCCAAUCCUAGACAGGAAGAAAUACUCUGAGCUUUUCGAAAUCCAGUAUCAACAGGGUGCUCUAUCCAUGACCCAACGAAGCAUCAUGCACCUGAUCUACGCCAUCGCCGCACGUUUCGAACAACUUACACGCAAACCAUCACAAGUCGAUCCUGAAAAACACUUGCUAGCUGCGAUUGAACCAAUGGAUUAUAUCCUAGAGCAGCACAAUCUUGCUACCGUUCAGUUUCUCUUAUUACUUGCUGUUCAUGGUCAGAGGUCGCCUUAUGGAGCUGGUGCUUGGAGUCAGGUCCGCUAUGCGGUUUCGUUAUGUAUUGAGCUUGGUUUGCAUCGUGAGCGACAAGGACCAGCCCCAACUGCAAACGUCGCAAGAGAUCUGGAGAUCCGGCGAAGGGCUUUCUGGUCGUGCUAUUGUCUUGACCGGGGAACAAGCGUUGUUCUUGGUAGGGCCUUUGCGAUAUCUGAUAGAGAUAUCAAUGUUUCGAUGCCCAACCCUGGCCGAGAAUACUGGGAUCUGACCCACGUAUCUCUCAAUGAUGAACACGCUGUUGAGUGGUGUAACAUCGAACCCUUCAUCCAUAUCAUCAAGCUGGAAAAGAUCCAGUCACGUAUUCACCGGACUGUUUUCAGGGUCGACAAAGAUAUCUUCUCCAGUCCAGUUGAGGAACUAGUCAAGCUGGAUCAGAAGAUGGCGUCUAUACGUGCCGACCUCGACAGAUGGAUCCAAACAACACCCCAGUCACCCAAAGACAAUGGCAAGAUUACGUGGCUCUAUGAUCCUGAGAGUACUAACCAAGAUGCCGGAGACUUUUACAGUCUUAGCCAAUAUCAUAAAGCGGUCUUAGCCCUCUUCACAGUCUUGCUUCCAUCUCUAGCCACGACUGAUCCUCGGUUCAUCACAACAGCGCGAUCAGCUGCAUGUGUCUGCGUAGCAUACAAGCGACUGAAUCAGCAACGGACGCUUACAUACACUAUGAUCUCACUGCAUAGCUGUUUCGUCGCAGGACUUACUUUGAUGUACUGUAUCUGGAAGGACAAGAGCCUAUUCAGCUAUCAUGUUGUCGAAGCUACACAAGCAUGUUCUCAGAGUCUCACUGUGUUUGGUGAGAAAUGGGCAGGUGCCGUCAAGUAUCGCGACAUCUUUGAUGCACUAUCUGGCAGUCUUCUAAAGACUCUCAUAAGCCCUGGUGGACUGUCUGGUGAUACUGGAAUGGGCGCCCAUCAGAAUCCGCCUUUGCAGACCAAGUUCGACCGACCAAGCUUCAGUGCCAGCCCAGGGUUAUCAUCUUAUCAGCCUCACUCCAACUUACAGAACAGCAAUGAGGCAGACGAUAUCACAAUGCGCAACCUUGUCUCCGACGCUGUUAAAGAGGCUUUUAUGGAGGUUGAUGAGGAAGCACCUGGUGGUUGGCAGGGCUGGCACAUGUGGAACGAGAUGCUUGGUGAAGAUCCUAGCGCUGCGGAUCUGUCCACUUCUAAUAUGUUUUCUGGAGCGGCGAAGGGUUGUAAAGAUGUUUGGAACUUGUCGCAGGGAGACUUGGAUCUGAGUAGAGGUUGGAACUUUAGCGGACAAUGA